GGGUGAAUUGCUGCCUUCUCCCCUCCUUUGGGAGACAGAAUAGGUUUUGCAGCAAGUUAGCAGUCCUGACUCCAAAAGGCUGCACUGUGGCUUUUCAGGAAACUUCAAACUUAUCUGCUUGAGAAAUACCGCGCAAAGGGGAACCCUGGCAAGGCUAAUAACAGGCAUUUCAAGCUGCGUGUUAGCAAGCCAGUCACAGAGUAUUCACGUGUCAAUUCACUGGCAUGUUUCGUGGCAGAAGCACCCCCACUCUGCCUUCCCCCAGUUCCAACUGUUGUGCUGCAGGAGGAUUUGGUCUGAGUCUGGGCAGAGCCCUUUUUAUGAGCAGCCCUCCAGAUUCUGUUACAGCGAGAGUCUGGCGAAAGCGAUCCUUGCCUUCCCGUCGCACACAAAGGCAGGGAGCUCCUUAAAGGGACCCGCCUGCUCCUCCGUGCAGCUGCAAACCCGCGUCCCUGCGGGCUCAGGAUCCAGGCUUCCGCCUGAGAAUGAGUGGGGAGGGGUCUUGAGAGCCCCCACAUCCUCCGGGAGCCGGGCCGGGAGGGACCUGACAGCCGGAGUGGAUGGAGACCACAGGUCCGUGGGGACAGGCUCGAGAUUAGCUGCUUGUUGGGAUGCUCCACGCGCCAGUUGAGCAUCCUGCCUGUGGUCCAGAGGGUGCUGGCGGCGCAUCCUGCGGUAUGCCUGCGUGGAUCUGAGCCAUCGCCCAGAAGCGAGCCCGCAUUCAGACGCCGCGGGCCGGCUCCCGGCAGGGCUGCGUGCAGUCAGCACGAAUGCUCAGCUCUCGGCGUCUGCGACAGCCUCCCGACCGCACGGAUUUGGCUGUUGAAUCAGCCGAGAUUACUGCCCGCGAAGAUUUGCGAGCCUGAUCCGCGCUCCAGCUGCCGUGACAACUUCAGGGCUGGCUGCUUACUUCUCUUGGUGCCCCGGACUCUGUCCUGCCCCGCGGCCACCCCUGCCCUUCCCGGCUCGGAAGUAGGCAGCGAGGACUCCUCUGACGGCAUCCCCGGCAAGGGGAGCAAGGAGGGGUGAAAAGACGAGCAGAACCCUCCAACUGCUCAACCUCCGUGACUGCCUGUGUUCUGGCGUUCUGAGAGGGACUGUGCACCGCCCGGGGAAGCAAUGCAAGUCUCCAUAGCCUGCACAGAGCACAAUUUGAAGAGUCGGAAUGGUGAGGACCGACUUCUGAGCAAGCAGAGCUCCACCGCCCCCAAUGUGGUGAACGCAGCCCGGGCCAAAUUCCGCACGGUCGCUAUCAUCGCGCGCAGCCUGGGGACCUUCACCCCUCAGCACCACAUUUCUCUCAAAGAGUCCACCGCGAAGCAGACUGGCAUGAAAUAUAGGAAUCUUGGGAAGUCAGGACUCCGAGUCUCGUGCUUGGGUCUUGGAACAUGGGUGACAUUUGGAGGUCAAAUUUCAGAUGAGGUUGCUGAACGGCUGAUGACAAUCGCCUACGAAAGUGGGGUUAAUCUCUUUGAUACUGCCGAGGUCUAUGCUGCUGGCAAGGCUGAAGUGAUUCUGGGGAGCAUCAUCAAGAAGAAAGGCUGGAGGAGGUCCAGCCUGGUCAUAACCACCAAACUCUACUGGGGUGGAAAAGCUGAAACGGAAAGAGGGUUGUCAAGAAAACAUAUUAUUGAAGGCCUGAAGGGCUCCCUCCAGAGGCUGCAGCUUGAGUAUGUGGAUGUAGUCUUUGCAAACCGCCCGGACAGUAACACCCCCAUGGAAGAAAUAGUUCGCGCCAUGACGCAUGUGAUAAACCAAGGGAUGGCCAUGUACUGGGGAACCUCGCGGUGGAGUGCCAUGGAGAUCAUGGAAGCCUAUUCCGUAGCAAGACAGUUCAAUAUGAUCCCACCCGUCUGUGAACAAGCUGAGUACCAUCUUUUCCAGAGGGAGAAAGUGGAGGUUCAGCUCCCAGAACUCUACCAUAAGAUAGGAGUUGGAGCAAUGACAUGGUCUCCUCUUGCCUGUGGGAUCAUCUCAGGAAAAUAUGGAAACGGGGUGCCUGAAAGUUCCAGGGCUUCACUGAAGUGCUACCAGUGGUUGAAGGAAAGAAUCGUAAGUGAAGAAGGGAGGAAACAGCAAAACAAGCUGAAAGAUCUGUGCCCGAUUGCUGAGCGUCUGGGGUGCACGCUGCCUCAGCUGGCCGUGGCAUGGUGCCUGAGAAACGAGGGUGUGAGCUCCGUGCUCCUGGGGUCAUCCACUCCUGAACAGCUCAUUGAAAACCUCGGUGCCAUUCAGGUUCUCCCAAAGAUGACAACACAUGUGGUAAAUGAGAUUGAUAACAUACUGCGCAACAAGCCCUACAGCAAAAAGGACUACAGAUCGUAAGGCAGUGCAGGAGCCGCAGGAGCCACAUGGUUCCAACAGCGGUCUCCACCAGUACAGAAUGGUGUUACUAGCCAGUCUUCUGAAUCCCUUAGCAGCCUGCUGCUCAACCUCUAGUGUCCCCGGAUCCUGAGGGGUCUGCUGUUGCUACCACUGUGCACCUGAAUUAUGAGCACAUCUGAAAUCUCACAACCAAGAAACUCCAUUCUAUUUUCUUCUUUGGACAGGAGUCGCCAGUCCUUGCGUUGCUCAGUACACCUCAUGCUUAUGCAGUGGGAAGUGUAGGAGGGGAAGACAUGACCUUCAGGCAUUUAGUAACUCAGAGAAGGCUGUAGAGAUAUAUUUUUUCAAAGGAACAAAAGCCACAGAUGCAAUGUGGACUGCAUUAGAAAGAGUAGCCUUUGUUCACUCAGAAGUCUUGCUUGAGAGAAUAAGCAGAAACUUUACUUUUUUUCUAUUUUCACAUUCAUGUUAGCAAGUUUUUUCGUCAUUCAAAAAAACGAAAAUUCCUAGGUAUUUGCUCUCACUACCUUUUAAAUAUUCACUGUUGCUUGCCCCCAAGAAUGACCCCAUAGAGCAAUUUAUCCAAGAAGUCUAUUAGGAUGCUAACAAUGCCAUGUCUAUUUACAUGUAGAGAUGGUAAAAGGACGCACACCCCAAUCUUUAGAGACAUUGCGGUUAACUUAUGAAAGGGAGGAUUAUACUGCUGUGGGAGCUUAUCUUUGAAUAAAGUGUAUCUGCAAUGAA